AUGAAAUGUGCUCGAACCCUACUGAUCUUUUUAUUGACGGUUAUGAAUAGACGAACAGAAGUCCCCAAAACAGUAUUUAUCAAGUUAAUCAAUGAAUCAAGUGUUUUACAUACACAAUGGAUUAUGCAAAAAAGUAUUGGUCUUUACAAUUGUGGAAAAGAUGAAAUAAAUUAUCCGACAAAGUUUAUAGAGCAAUCAGCACCUAUUAUUUCUGAAAAUAGUCCAUCAUCUAUCACAAAUGUAAGCGAUUCAAGUCUAGGAAAAUCACAGACAUGGUCAUCUGCUACUGAACUAGAAAAUGAAGAGGAACAUAUAUCAAGUCCAGCAAAAGAACCACCUAAAUUAGUUAAAUCUAGUGUUUUACGUCAAAUAUUAACUUAUAAGCAGUAUCUAUUGGGUAUACUUAUAGGCUUAUUAAUUGGUGGUUCUGUUGUGGGUGGAGCAUUGUAUGGGUCUACAAAAUCCACAGCAUCAGUGACUAACACAACUCCAUUAACAACAGAUAAUCCAACAAUUGAUCAACUUAUUUCUGCAGCAGUCACCGUUCUAACAAGUAAUACAAAUAAUAAUUAUACAUGUGUUAUAGUAUGUGCUUAA